AGCUGGUAUUCAGCUUGUUGGAAGUCGAGUGCUUGGUGGUGGGAACGUUUGCAGCUCCUGCUGUUAUCUGUAUCAUUUCUGUGACGCGAAACGUUUACUUGGAGACGUUACACAAGAUGCCAUGCUUCUCUGACAAUAAUCAGAAUACCCGUCUGUCUGCUGACUUAGUCGAAAACAAACUGAAGGAGAAGAUGAGUCUUAUCUGAGGCAGACCAGACGUUGUUUUUCGGUUAUUUUCCAAGUUUUGAAGAAGUAUUGUUGGAAUUUCAUCUAAGCAAGGUAGAUUUCCAAAACACCCACGAUGGAUUAUCUCCGGGAAGAGGCGUUGGAAUUGUACCUGGUAGGGACAAACAAGUCCACGGCGUUAAAGGUGCGAAAUAUGACCCGGGGGUCGGUGCCACUGAUGACAUAUCAAACCAACCUGGAAUCACUGUUCAUCCCUAUCGUCAUGGGCCUUCUUUUUCUUCUGGGAAUCAUCGGUAAUAUCACGGUGAUAUAUACCGUAGCCAGGCAUCGCUCCAUGCACAGCGUUCCAAAUAUCUACAUUGUUAACAUAGCCAUUGGAGACUUACUGCUGCUAGUAAUUGCUCUGCCUUUUCAAGCCACGAUCUUCACCCUAAAGGAAUGGGUAUUCGGUGAAAUAACUUGCAAAAUCAGCGAGUUUCUGCAGCCCGUUUCGCUGGGUGUGACGGCAUUCACGUUGGCCGUGCUGUGUGCCGAUCGCCAUGCCGCCUGGGCAGGAAACCCACGCUAUUAUCUCCUUGCAAGAACUCGUAAACUGAACAUCGUGGUCAACACCGUGAUUGUCUGGACAGUUGCACUGGCCAUGGGUGUUCCCGAUCUUGUGUCCAGUUAUAUAAUGCACUAUCCAAUCAAUAAAGACCUGAUUCUAAAAGUAUGCAGCGUCUUUCCGCCUACGUGGGGCGCUCUUUACCCUAUCAUUCACGACACAGUGUGGUUUAGUGUUUUAUUGGCGCUGUCUUCUGUAAUAUGCUGGGUGUAUCUUCUACUCAUUUCUAUCCUAAUUUGCUCUAAAGGUUACCAAGUAGCAAUCUCAGAUGACGUACACUACCGACCGGAAUUGGAUGAGAAAUCCAAAAGCGACAGCAAAGAAAAGGACAAAAGAAAAAAUGGGUCUUCCAGGCGACAUCCAAAGGGUAAAAGAAGUCGCGAGGAAAGAGAACGACAAAAACGAUGGACCAAACAGCGUAAAAAUUCCACAUUGGUAGUCACAGUCAUGUUAGUUAUGUUUAUAUUCUGCUGCCUGCCACGUUACAUUUUCCAGCUUUGGUUUCAUUUUGACAAACAGCCGUACAACAUGUUCUGGUAUAUUAUGAAACUCGUUGGGUUUUGUUUAAAUUUUGGCCAUGCGGUAGUCAACCCUUUUGUUCUUUGCGCAUUGGAUGAUCGUUUCAGCGAGCACUUUAAACGUUACUGGCUCUACGGCUGUUCUUCGGCAAAGAAGAGGAUUGCCCUCAUGCAGCAAUUGGUCAAUACAUCAGAAAGUUCGGAGGCUGAUGAGACAGAAACCACCGUCAAAACGCAACCAGAUAUCUACGAAGAGGCGAAACUGCCUAACAUCGCUCCACGCUAUCAGACUAUGAAGAGGCCUGCUCCUAUAUACAACCACUAUCCUGAUGAUGUUCAUUUUGGCAGCACUGAUACUUACAAAUAUCCAUAUGUUCAAGAUGACGUUUCAACCUUUGCCAUUUACAUAUAGAUGUAGAUAUAUUGUGUAUAGUAAUCCAUUGAAUCCUACAUUUUAGGCUUUAAAUCAAUGCGUAAAAUGUGAAAAAUGUGCGCUUACAAUAUUUAGUUGAUGCCAGGACCAUUGUGACUGGUCGUAGGUUGAGACUAGGUUGUAUUCAAGAAUAUUGCGUCCUAAGUUGAGAUUACGAAGAAUGUGUUUGUUGCGAAUGUUUCUUUACUGAUUGUGCUCGGGGCAAUAUUCAGCGUUUUGACCUCGAUUGCAGCAAAAACGAUUACUGUAAUUGAUUAGACGACCUUGAAACAUUGAAGUGAAAUACAAAUUAGGCAGUAUAUGUAGUAUUGUAAGCAUGAUGGAAUGGGCAAUAGCCUUUAUCUUGUUAUAUAAUUACUAGCAAAAGAAUAAUAAGGAAAACUGAAAUAAAGCCGAGAAGAAAAGCGGAGCAGAUAGCGGUCCAAAUCCAGUAUUUUAUUAGCCUACUGUUUAUGACAUCUUAAUAUAAUAAAAGACUGCGGAACAAAUA